GCCCAGAGUGCCAUGACAGCCCAAGUGUGCAUCUGCAUCUGGUUGGUCUGGGCCUCAGUGUUGGACCUCAUCCAUGGACAAGGACCCAGCCCAGGGACUAGUCGACUAAGACUGACUGUGUUGUCUGAAGACCGACUCCAGAUGAAGUGGAAGGAAUCAGAAGGAAAUACCAAUGGCUACAAAGUCCAAGUAAAGCCCAUGGCAGGAGACUCAGAGCAGGAAGUAAUGCUGACUACCAAGACACCUAAAGUCACAGUGGUUGGACUGAGCCCCACCAAGGAAUACACACUCCAAAUAUUUGCACUCAGUGGUUCCCGUGACACUCUGCUGGCCAGGCGGAGAUUUGUGAUUGAGGAUUUGAAGAGCAUCUCCACAGGCAGAAAUAGCCGGAAGCCAUCAGGGGAAACUUUGGAGUCCAUUCCUUCUUCAGUGGGAAAUCAUGAAUUUGAGCAGGUUCCUGAGCUUGAAUUCUGCUUAGCUGUCUCUGCCUCCAUCUUCCAAGGUCCCCAGUUCUAUUGUGACACCUCCAUUCCUGUGGACAUAGUAUUCCUGGUGGAUGGAUCCUGGAGUAUUGGCCGAAGUAACUUCAGGCUCAUCAGAGAAUUCCUAGCUAAUGUCAUCUCUCCUUUUCACAUUGCCCAGGAUAAAGUCCAAAUUGGUUUGUCCCAAUAUAGUGGAGACCCUCGGACUGAAUGGGACCUGAAUUCAUUCAGCACCAAAGAAGAAGUUCUAGAGGCUAUUCGAAAUCUCCGUUAUAAGGGUGGUAACACCUUCACCGGUCUUGCACUGACUCAUGUACUGGAGCAGAAUCUGAAGCUUGAAGCUGGGUCUCGUUCUGAGGCAGUUAAAGUAGUCGUUCUUCUGACUGACGGCAAGUCCCAGGAUGAUGCCAGACUUGCUGCUCAAGUUCUGAAAGAUGUGGGCAUAGACAUCUUUGCCAUUGGAGUGAAGAAUGCCGAUGAGUCUGAGCUGACACACCUGGCAUCCCUUCCCCUGGAUGUCACAGUUCACAAUGUUCUGGAUUUCCCUCUCCUUGGCAACCUGACAAGCAGGCUCAUCAGGCUCCUCUGUUGGAAGAUCCAAGAGAGAAGUCGAAGCAGAGACCCAGGUGUCCUGGCUAAUAGAUCGACCCAUCCAAGCCCCACGAACUUGAUUGUAUCAGAAGUGACAGCCUCAGGAUUCCGUCUGGCCUGGACCCCUCCUCUGGAGCCUGCCAGAAAGUACAGGAUCGUAUACCAUCCCUCCAGAGGUGGCACACCCAGGGAGGUCACAGUGGAAGGGGCUACUUCAUCUGCCCAGCUGCUGAAUUUGACCUCCAACACAGAGUACUUGGUCACAGUGUUUCCUGUCUAUAAGGAUGGUGUUGGAGAGGGGCUCUGGGACAUAGUGACUACAUUACCACUGUCUCCUCCAAGCUCAUUGACCAUUUUAAGCGUGGCCCACAAUAGUAUCCAUUUGACCUGGAAGCCCACAAGUAAAGCUACCCAGUACCUCGUUCACUGCACUUCAGCUUCCCCUAGAGAGCAGGAGGCAGAUGAGGAAGAGGAAGAUGGGAGAGAGGUUCGAGUGAGGGACCCUGAGGUUCUGCUGGAAGGUUUGGCUUCUGGUACAGAAUAUAGCAUUGCUGUAUAUGCCCUCUUUGGGGAGGAAAUCAGUGAGUCCCAGAGCAUCCGAGCCAAGACCUUGUCUUUGGAUCUCCCCAAACACCUGAGCUUCUCUGAGGUCAGCCACAGCUCUGUUCGAGUUCACUGGGAGGCAUCAUCGAGGGGAGUUCGCAUGUACCGUGUGUCCUAUGUCUCACUGGAAGGGAACCAAGCUGGGGAGAUAGAUGUCUCCAGGAAUGCCUCCUCUGUCAACCUGGCCCCACUGUCCUCCUCCACCUCAUAUAUUGUCAGUGUCACAUCAGUCUACAAAGAGGGGGAUUCUUCCACACUCACUGGACGAGUGACCACACGAAAAGUCCCAGCCCCAAGCCACUUGAAAGUAACUGAAUUGCCAGGGGAUGAUGUCAGACUGGAGUGGGCUGCCGCUGCAGCCUCUGGUGUGGUGGUCUAUCAGAUCAAAUGGACACCUUUGGGUGAAGGAAAGGCUUAUGAGAUUUCUGUCCCAGGGAACCUAGGCACUGCUACUUUGCCUGGUCUAGGGAAGCAUGCAGAAUAUGAGAUCUCCAUCUUAGCCUAUUACAGAGAUGGGGCCCGUAGUGACACAGCAUCCCUCCGAUAUACUCCGA